GGAUCAAUGCUUGAGAUCUCCUUCGACGCCAGUCGAGUGUAUCUUUACUGCGUAGUUGUUCCGAAAUUUGUGACAAACAUAUAAUUAUUUAUGUUGUGUAUUUUAAAUAAAAUAUCGUCGUUGAAAAGAAAAAAUCUGUGAAAUCCAGAAAACCCUGCUCAUCGAUUAAUUUCAUUAUUAAGCAUCGAGACUCUUCUUCGCAAGAACGAUAAAGAGAACGCUUUAUUAAGUCCUCAAGAAGUCCGAGUGAUCAAGAAUAAUACUGAACUGUAUCAAAACAUGGCGCAUCAAGAACGGGACCCACAAGACAAAUACAGCUCCAAAGAGGAUCAUGCCGUGGAAACUGUGAAAACGACGGACAAUCGGCAGUUCGAAAUGGAGAAAGGCAUGCCUUGGCAACGAAUAGAUCCUACCGACAAGAAUCUCUCCAAGCAAAUGUUUCUGUAUUUGACUCAUAAGGAGUUGACCAAUAAAAUUGAGGAUCUAACUGUGAAAGAAUCGCAUGCUUGCCAGAAACAAUGUUGGGAUGUAGCGCUUAGACUGAGGGAUAUGAGAAACAGAUUGGAAUUGCUUCGUGAGAAAAAGCUGUACAGCGUUGAUAAUUUUAUUUUUGAUGAAAAGACGAAGAAACUAGCAUUGAUGAACAUUGAUAAAAGAGAGAACGAACUUGCUAAACGCGAGGAUGCUUGUACGGAUUCAACGAUGUACAGCGAGGAUGCCAAAACACUGUGGAAGAAAUGGGUGCACGAAGAUGAAAGAUUCGUGGUCGAAGAUGCGCGACUGCGGAGGGAGAAGUUGAUGAACAUUUUUGAGAAAGCAUGGCAGGCUCUUGCUAUCCAUGACAAGGAACGAAUUACUCGAUCAUAUCAGAGUGUGAUACACGAUGCUAUUGUCCAAGAAGAACAUAAACUCAUGACUUCCCUCAACGCGGCUAAAGCAAAAUCUUCGCCGUGAAAUAAGUCCUAGAUCCAUGUUUCGUUAAUUUGUAGGCCUGAUUAUAUUGUACCAAGCUUAACAGUAGUUUGCAUUUGAAUUUUUUGAAUUGUGUCGAAUUUCGUCGCCAAUAUUCUAUGCUGUUUAGGUGUGUUACAAUGUACUGAAUUUUAAAUGUAUUGCAUUUAGCACAUAAUAUUGCACGCUAAUAAAGACUCAUCAUAGUCUAUAAUUAUAUCGGUACUACAAUUUAAUGAAUAGGUGAUAUCGAAGCCAUUCCAGAUUAAUAAUUAAUCAACUAAUCUAUAUUGUAUUAAUGUUUGAGAUGCUUAAACACGCAAUUAAAAUACCACUCCAAUGUUGUUCACACUUGUAAAAAUUAUACUCGAUCGAUGAAAGUAAUCUGUAUUUUUUUUAUUUAUCAUUUUGAGCUUGUUAUUUUAGUAGUAUUUGUACUGGCAAUAUCACGGUAUUGUUUCUGAUGCUAUUAUAGCUUUUUCAGUGAUUGCCGUGUCCAAGAUUCGGUUAUGUCAUAACUGUUUAAAACCAUACUUCAACGAUGAGGUCACUGUACGUUGCAUUAUUGACGAAAUAAAGUGAUUACUGUGGAAA